UCCUUAUUUGAAUGUACCACAAUUUUGAUUUUUUUUUUUCUAUGUAAUUAAUAAACCGAUCGGUGGUUGUGUUUGAUAGCGAAGAAAUCAUGAAAUGUUCAUUGUUAAAUAUCUGUUCGAAUAAAUCGGGCGAAAAAAAAACACGUCAUAUACCAUUCAUACGGGUGACAAUAACGACAGCAAGAUUCGACGAUUUUUUUCUUUCAUUUGCUUUUGUUUUUGAAUGGCAACAUUAUUGAAUCUUCAAAAUCAAACAUUAAGAAUCGGUUUAAAUAAUGAUCCACCAUAUACCAUUAUGGAUCGAUUCGGCGGAAUCGAAUUAACAAUUAUUAAAAUGAUGAGUGUUUAUUUCAAUUUUACGAUCAAAUUGGUCGAUUGUCAUGGAGAAUAUGGUGCCAAACUGUCCAAUGGAACAUGGACAGGAUUGUUACGUAAAUUAAUUGAUAAUGAAAUUGAUUUCGGCAUCGGUGUUGAUCGACUUACAUUUGCAACGAUUUUUCCGGAAAAUCAAAUAAAUUUUGAUUUAUUAAUUAGACCAUUUUCCAAAGAAAUUUGGCUUUGCCUAUGGCUUUCAUUAUCACUAUUUCUGAUAUUUCAAGAGUUUAAAAUUUAUUUCAAUAAUUCAUUAUUAAUGAAAAACACGGGUAAAAAAUCUCUUAAUCAUCAUCAUCAUCGGGCAAAUAUUUUUUACAUUGCCAUCAGGCUUCUAUUGAAACAACCAUAUCAGCAAUUACGAUGGAUGAAAAAAUUGGAAAAAUUCUGUCUAAUCAUAUGGUGUAUGGCCAUUAUUGUAUUACAUAUUUUAUAUGGAACAUUUCUAUUUUCAACAUUGACCAUACCCACAAAAAUGGUAAUCGAUACGGUGGAUAAAUUGGCCGAAGAAUGUGGACAAAAUAAAAUUAUUAUACUCACACAACUAAAUAGUGCUAAUGGAAAAAUUUUAUUGGAAUCAUAUCGAAGAUUAUAUGAUUAUACGGAAAAUAGUGAUGAUGAUGAACUUGCACUAAAUCUGCUUAUAAGACAAAUGAAUUAUAGCCCGAAAGCCAAACAAUAUGCUGUCAUUUCCUAUAGGAAAACAUUGCAAUAUUAUCAAAAUGGUGGUGAUGAAAAACAAUUGUAUUACAUACCACCGAAUCAUUCCGGUUCAUCCAUUUCAAUGACAUGGAUUUCUUUUCCAUUUCGAAAUGAUUUCAAAUAUUUACAAUCAUUCAAUAAAUUACUUUCAUUAUAUAAAUCAUCUGGAUUGAUAAAACAUUGGUUUGAACGAGAAAAAAUGAAAGCAAACAAGUUUAGAUCAUUGAUGAUAAACACUAACAAAAAACAACAGUAUAAUGUUCCCCGUCACUAUGAUUACCAUGAUCAUAAAGAUGAUUCAGUCUAUGCUAUUAUUCGUACAUCAUCAACAAAUCUUCAAAUGUUAUUUCAAAUGUAUCUUACAUUUAACACAAUCUCCAUACUAAUGUGUAUUGUAGAAAUUUUAAAAUAUCGAAAAAAUUUUUUAAAUUUUAAUUUUCUCAAUUAUAUAUCCCAAAUAAUUAAUUCAAAAUAA